GGAUGUUGGAGACUUGCACGGAAACCAUCUUUAACUUGGCAGCUACAUAGGCGAAAGUAGAAUGAAAAGUACGCACAUCAGAUGAAUGAGAGAGAGACGGAGAGAAAGAGAGGGAGGACGAGAGUCGAGAGAGAGAGAGAGAGAGGGCGUAUAACGUAUUAGACAAUCACACACACGCGAUGAUGCGGUCAAAACAGAACGUGAGCAGGUGAGUGAAGCAAAGUAUUAGCACUCCAGUAUUUCAUUUCAAUAUCUUAUUUCAUUAAUUUGAGAGAAUAAAAAUAAAUUUCUUUGUUCUCUGCUUCUUCUUCGCUUUCUAUCAUCCUAAAAACACUCCCCACUUAUCCAUCUCUCCCACCCCAUCUCUCUCUCUUUCUCUCUCAAUUCAACCUCUCCCUCCACUCUGUAUAUAUAUAUCAUUACUUUAUACACAGAGAAUAAGUACACAACAAGUAUCCACUCAUCAUUUUAUCUAAUCCUAAUAAUCAUCAUCAUCCCACAGAUCCAAUCUCAUUUCUAUCUAUCUAUCCAUCAAUUACGCAAUGUCUUCUACUCUCCGUAGAUUCAACAGAAUCAGAGCAUUAGCAUCAAAAGCUUCAUCAUCGUCGUUAUAUUCUCGCACGCAGAAUCGUGGCUUCGUGAAUUGUUUGCACGUCGGUUCUUGUAUUCGGCGCAGAGAGUCUCUCAUCGGAGUUCAGGAGCGUUAUAAGUGGGGCCACGGCGGCGGUAGUAACUCCGAUGAUUAUUAUCACACUCGUAAAAUUAGGGCUGAAGCUAAUUGUCCUCGCUGUUCCAAGCAGCUUGAUCUCUUGUUUUCGAAUCGGUCGCAUUUGAUUCCUCCUUCGGCUUCGGAUGCUAAUAAUCCUCCUUCGGCUUCGGAUGCUAAUAAUACGAAUAGUAAUUGUAAUAGCAAUGGUAAAAAUGUUGAUGUUAGUAGUAGUGGUGCGGUUCCUUCACCGGGAGGGAAGGGUGGAGGGCGAUAUGAGGCUGUGAAUGUGUGCCCUAAUUGUAAGACGGCUUAUUAUUUUCGACCAUAUAAGAUGGCUCCGUUACAAGGGAGUUUUGUGGAGAUUGGUAGGGCAAAUAGUAGUAAUUAUGAUAAUGGUAAUAAUAAGAGUGGUAAGGAUUUUAAUAAGAGAAUGACUAGUAAUGAAGAUUACGGGAAUAGGAUCAAGGCUUCGUUUUGGCAGACGUUGAGGGGUGGUGAGCCUCCCGAGAAUUGGCCUCCGCCUGGUCCAAUGCCGCCUAAUGGAAAUGGCAAUGGGAGUGGGUUGGCAGUCCAUACGCCACCGGGUCCUCCUUUUGCACCUGGUGUCAAUGUAGUCCGUGCUGCUGGAGGAGGAGGUGGUGGCGGUGGUAAUGGGGAAAAGAAUGGUUGGGGUGGGUCUAAUCUGGGGAAGAAGUUACCGACUCCCAAGGAGAUAUGUAAAGGACUUGAUAAGUUUGUUAUUGGGCAAGAUGGUGCCAAAAAGGUGCUAUCAGUUGCUGUGUAUAAUCACUAUAAGAGAAUUUAUCAUGCUUCCCUUAAGAAAGGAUCAGGAGCAGAAUCAGGUGUAGCAGAGGCAAGAGAUAAUGACGAUAAUGUAGAAUUAGAAAAGAGCAAUGUACUUCUGAUGGGCCCAACUGGGUCUGGGAAGACAUUACUCGCAAAGACCUUAGCCCGCUUUGUGAAUGUACCCUUUGUCAUUGCAGAUGCAACUACUUUGACACAGGCUGGUUAUGUUGGUGAAGAUGUUGAAUCUAUAUUGUAUAAACUACUCACGGUAGCCGAGUUCAAUGUACAAGCUGCUCAACAAGGGAUGGUCUACAUUGAUGAAGUUGAUAAGAUAACAAAAAAGGCUGAGAGUUUAAACAUAAGCAGAGAUGUUUCAGGCGAGGGUGUUCAGCAGGCUCUGCUGAAAAUGUUGGAAGGAACUAUUAUAAAUGUUCCUGAAAAAGGAGCACGGAAGCAUCCUCGAGGCGACAAUAUUCAGAUAGACACAAAAGAUAUCCUUUUCAUUUGUGGGGGUGCAUUCAUUGACUUAGAGAAAACUAUUUCCGAGAGACGGCAGGAUUCAUCUAUUGGUUUUGGAGCUCCUGUUCGUGCCAACAUGAGAGCAAGUAUGAUAGCUAAUGCUGCUGUCACGUCAUCCUUACUGGAAACUGUUGAAAGUAGUGAUCUUAUUGCUUAUGGCCUCAUACCAGAAUUUAUUGGACGCUUCCCAAUUUUGGUUAGUUUGUCAGCCCUAACUGAAGACCAGCUUGUUCAGGUACUUACCGAACCAAAGAACGCUCUUGGUAAGCAGUACAAAAAGCUACUCAGCAUGAACAAUGUAAAGCUACAUUAUACAGAGAAGGCACUAGGACUGAUUGCAAAAAAAGCAAUGGCAAAGAAUACAGGUGCUAGGGGUCUAAGAGCCCUACUUGAGAGCAUUUUAACUGAUGCUAUGUAUGAGAUUCCAGAUGUCAAGACUGGUAAUGAUAGAGUAGAUGCUGUUGUCAUUGAUGAGGAGUCCGUGGGUUCUGUGAGUUCAGUUGGUCAGGGAGGUAAAUUACUUCGUGGAGAUGGGGCACUUGAGAAAUACCUUGCAGAGACCAAUUUACCACAAACGCAGGAAAAUGAUGGUACAACAGACGGAGAUCAACAGGAGAGUGAGUCAGAGGUGUCAUCCAGAGCCAUGAACAUGUAACAAGUAACACUCUAGCAGAGCUUUUACUAACAACUCAGGUCUUCCUUGUUCGAGUUAUUUUGUAGAAAUGACAUUCAUAAUCUGCUGUAAUUAUUCCCUUGUAUAACAGCAUAGAUUCUAGUACAGGUACAAAAGAAUAGGAAAAGAAAGAGGUAAAUAUACAAGUAGAAUGUACCUAAUAAUUUUAGGUAGUCCAUGUACGAGAUGUCCUCCGCAGAUUGCGAACAAAAGACACAAUUACUUGCACAAAUGGAAUACAUAAUUUGUGUUGUAUAACAAGAAUUUCUUUACCA